AUGGUACUAGAGGCUAACCUUCUACCACCGCUGGUGCCAUCUCCGAAUGAAGUGCCAAUUACACGAGGCAUGACAAGCGCUGAUGGAUUUUUAGACCUUCCGGUUACAUCUUCGCCAGUUUCAGAUUUUAGCCGCGAAGCCGAAUCAAGAACUCGAAGAUGGCUUGGUAAAAAUAUUGUGCAGCGCGUAUUGUCGGCGCUCGUAUUGGUGCCACUUAUCACUGUAUUUUUGUGGCUUUCCCCGGCCUUUGCCACUGCUACAUUUUGCACGUUCGUGACCAGUAUCUGCUCGUACGAGUAUGCAUGGCUCCAGCACCGCAUCUAUCUGCGCGUCAUGAAUAAAAUCAACAAUUGCGAGGCGGAAUUAUUGCAGCGAGACGCAGAUACGAAUCAGAUAACGGCUUUGAGCCGUGAUAUAAAUGUAAGCCGCCUGUCCACCAGCUUUAUACGUUUCACACAACGUGAAAGCGGCACCAGUAACACAGCGGGGUAUGUACGUGAAAAUACAACAGGCGAUGCAUUCACGAACAGCGAUCGCACUUUAAUCAGCACUAGUGACGAAUGUAUCCAGUCAUCGCGUAUGAUUCCUCCACCACCACCUGAAUCGACUGGAGUAACGCCUGAACUGGCUCGACACAGUUAUGACAACACUCUUCAAGAAGAUUGUGAAGUUUCAAAUGAUCCGAGCUUAUCAAGUAGUGCAGUAUCAACAAUUGCCAGCAGAUUUUUCUGCCGAAAUGAGUGGGUCGCUGCGAUAGCUUUAUCGGCUAUCACAACGUUUUUCACCACGACAUUGUUCCUAGUCUACGUCAAUCAUAUUUCUGGAUUGCAAGAAAAGCAGCUUUACAAAUUACGAUGGUUCUACAGCAUCGCGACCGACUUCGUUGCCGCGCUUUGUGCGUUCUUCACACCAAAUUGGAAAUAUGCAUUUAUCUGCAUCAUAGAAAAGGUAGUAUUUACGUUGCUUACGUUGCAUUCGACUGCUUGCCCCAUGAACACUUUAAGUUGUGGAAUCUUUCUUGAGCCAGCUCAAGUUUUUCUCUCGGGUGUUGUGGUAAUCGUAUGUUUUCGCCUUCAAAUACGCACAUCAGCGCCCGCUACGUUCUUACACAUUGCAGUGGAUAUGCUUGGGUAUUUCUACAUCAUUGGGGGUUUAUCUGUCAUUGUUGCUUUCGUUGAUGACGAGCGACUGGAAUCUUACCGGAAGCUCCUGAUCGUUCUGCUCUACGUCGUGUGGGCUUCAGAUACGGGAGCAUAUUUGACGGGAAAGUUGCUGGAGCGAAUGAAAUAUGGAUACUACAACCCUUUAGCCUCGCACCUGUCGAAAAAUAAAGAUUACGAAGGAACAUUAGGAGCCAUUUUUUUCGGCGUAACUGCGAUGAUUGUCUCCUCCCAUUUGCUUAAUGUGCCCGGUUCUGCAGCUGCUCAAAUUGGAUUCACAGUGAUGGCUGUAAUUGUGGGUCGGCUAGGAGAUCUGUUUGAAAGUUUGCUGAAGCGCGCAGCGGGAGUAAAAGACUCUGGAAAGCUUAUUCCUGGACAUGGUGGCGUACUUGAUCGAAUUGAUGCGCUUAUGUUUUCUGCACUUGUUUUUGCUCGAUAUUAUGCCUCAGUUGUCUCGCCAUAA